AUGUUUGUUAAUACCCACAGUUCUUUGACGACUGCAAAAAAAGUUGGAGAAAUAUUAAGGAUACCUACAAUAGAAGAAAAAAGUGGAAAGCACAGGUUCUGCUGCAUUGCCCAAACAGGCGAAAUGGGCUUUAGCAGAUAUGUAGUCCUUCCUGGACCAAACAGAGCACAAACGCCCAGCAUUGUAGCCUCAGUAAAAGCAUUAAGACCCGAGUUAAUCAAUGAAGCAAAAUUAAGAACAAUGCACCUGGUAUUCGAAUUAGAAGAGAGAAAUGCAUCGAGUCUACUACGAAACGCUAAUGAACUUCCACCAGGCCCAGCAAGCCCCUCUGUUUGGAGUUCAGGCAAUAUACCUACGAUUUACAAUUCGCCGUCAUUAGACAAUUACUUAUUAGAUCUAGAUAACUUUCAAUCAAAUAACUCUAAUUUUUAUAUUUGUUGA